UUAGCGGUAGGGUCGUCUCUGUGACCCACGAUGGUUUCGAAAAAGAAAUGGAGUUGUUGGUGGAUCAUAAACAUCUCGCUGCAAGUCAGUCAGUCGGCUCUCAAUAUACCACUUAUCACGGAUCCGCGUUUUAUAGAUAAUUGUGUCAAGGCUCAUAAUAAAGUGCGUGCCAUGGUCUCUCCCACAGCAGCCAAUAUGAAAACCAUGAGUUGGGAUCAUGAGUUAGCAACACUUGCGAAAUCAUGGGCAAUGGAAUGCAAAUUUAGACACAACAGCUGUUUAGCACUAUCAUAUAAAUGUGGUACAAAGUAUCAAUUUGUUGGAGAAAAUAUCUGGUUAGGCCCAUUAAGAAAAUUUACUGCAGACUCAGCUGUUGUUGCCUGGUAUAAUGAAACUGUAUUCUAUGAUUACUACACUCAUAAAUGUAGCAAAGUUUGUGGUCAUUAUACACAGGUAGUUUGGGCCAAUACAAAUAAAGUUGGUUGUGCACUUGCAAUGUGUCCUAAUCUUGCAGGUGAAGGAGCAGCAAUAUUUGUAUGUGACUAUGGACCUCCAGGAAAUUAUCUAAGGACAUUCCCUUACAUUAACGGAAAAACCUGUUCUUUGUGUGACAAGGAUGAAACUUGCGUAAAGAAACUCUGCCAACGAAGCGCAAAACCUGCAGAGACAUCAAACUCACGCCCAAGCUCACGCCCACAGGGCUCUCGUCCAGCAAAAGGGUCAGCCUCUCAGCAAAAAGCAUGCAGUGUUCUAGCAUUGUACCUACUUUCUAUUUUUCUAUGAGUAUGGUAACUGUUAUGUAAAUACAAGAGAAAUUCGCAGACAUGACAAUAAAUGAGUAACGAGUGUCUAA